CUCCCGUAUAAAUUGUAGCUGUGCUAGGGAAAGCUCCAGCAAUAAAUAAACUCGACUUCAUGGAAUCGAUUAAAAGCUCAACAAAUAUCCUUAAACUAUCGAACUCUGCUGUACUUUCCUUGCCGAACACAUACCAAAAACCCACCCGAUAAUUGGCCAAGUCCGUGCCAUGCCUCCUGCCAAUUCCCGAGAAACAGGUUACAAGUCGCAGGCACGCGACCACAUCUCCUGUGGCGUUCGGGGUCGAAAACUCUCACAUCUGAGCGUACCACCACAACACAAAACAUGCACCACAUCCAAUCUUGAUACAAGCAAUCGGCACUCACUGACAUACUUGCAUCCAAGCGAAUCCCACCUUCACAUAUCUCACCUCACCUACUGCACCUUCCCUCCCCCGUGUCACUCCACGACUGGCCCGCCCUCAUCGACAAUCUUCUGUACCACCAGCUUGGCCGUUUCGCUUUCCCCCCCUGAAUAAUCUGAUCUGGCAAUUUCCCGUUGUUUCAAGCCCAAUGAAUUGGCGCCACAGCCAGGGAGUCGUGUGCAAUGACUGGACUGGAUGCCGCCAAGUGCCUUCUUUCCACUUCGGGAUGAACCUUAUUCCUGCGUUUUGUUCUCUUAGCCUUAGCGCUCCCGCUUGGCAGCUGAAAGGGAAGGGACGGAGGGGAAGAGUCUGGGGUUGAGUCGCGUCGCUUGGGGGGGCCCUUGGUAAUUGCUAAGAGAACCCCCUUGCUCGUGGUGCAAAUGGGAUAAUUAGGUAUUUGUGUGUGAGCUUUUCACCUUUCUUUUCUCUCUUUCUUACUUUUGAUCUCUCGAGAUCUUUCUUCCUCACCUUCGUUUUUACUUUCUGUUUUCUUCGCUUGGCUUCUGUGUUUAUUUCCACGACAAUCACACACAUCUAAUUCGAUCUCUCACCCCUCAGUCAUUCUGAAUACAACCUUUCCGCCUCCCUCAAAAUGUCAGACGACGCCCCCGCUCCAGCAGGUGGAGCUCCCGCCGUAGUAGCAGCAGCAGGAGGAGGAGGAGGUGGUGGCCAAGCAGGAGGAGCAACUCACACCAAUGACCAAACAAACGGAACCCACGAGAAGUCGGAGAGCAAGCCCAAGAUCACCAAGUCCACUUUCGAUGCGAAUAUCAGCGAUCUAGCUGGUGCACCACGUCGAAUCUCUGAAGAUAGUUUGGAUCUGGAUGAUUACUUUGUCGGCCCUCGUGACUUGGAUAAGCAUAGCAAGCUCCCAUAUUUUAUGCGUAUGCAUGGUAGUGUGCUACCCCGAAUGAUACUCCCUGUUCUAGGUGCUGGAGCUUGGGCUACGUGUAUUACCUGCAUCUCAAAGUUUGUCCAUGAUCUUCGCGUUGCGAAUAUCCUGCUCACAGUCCUCGGUUUCGUCGUUGGUCUUUCCCUCUCUUUCAGAAGCUCCACAGCUUAUGAACGAUACUCUGAAGGCAGAAAAACCUGGUGCACACUCAUGAUCCAAUGCCGCAACCUCGCCCGCUACAUCUGGGUCCACGUCGCCGAACGCGAAGGCAACCAAGGCACCUCGGACCUCCUGCAAAAAGUAACAGCCAUGAACCUCAUCCUCGCCUACGCCGUAUCCCUCAAGCACCGACUCCGCUUCGAACCCUACGCCCACUACCCCGACAUUGCCGGUCUAGUCUCCCACCUCGACACCUACGCCCAGGCAGCACACAAAGAGGAGCAUCUAGCACAUAAGCAUAAAUCUGCGUGGAAGUCGGUGGGUGAACAUUUGGGAUUGCCGUUUGCGCUGUCGAACCCGAGGAAGGAGAUGAAGAGGUCGGAUAGGCCGUUGGGGAAUCUGCCGAUGGAGAUUAUGGCGUAUUUGAGUGCGUAUGUGGAGACGGUGCAGAAUAAUGGGCAGAUGAAGUCAACUGUUUUGGGGGGACAAGUUAUGAACGCCCUAGCAGGCAUGACAGACACAGCCGGCAACGCCGAACGAGUCCUCACCACCCCCCUCCCAAUCGGCUACAACAUCCUCAUCUCCCAAGUCGUCCUCCUCUACGUCUACCUCCUCCCCUUCCAACUCUACGGCGCCCUCGGCUGGAUCACCAUUCCGGGCACCAUCGCCGCCGCGUACAUCAUCCUAGGAAUCGCGACCAUCGGCGACGAGCUGGAAAACCCUUUCGGCAACGACGUCAAUGAUUUACCCCUGGAUGCGUAUUGUGCUGAGCUGGGCAGAGAGUUGGAUACGUUGAUGAGUACGCCUGCGCCGAGGUUUGAGGAGCACCUAGAGGAUACGAGGGAGUUGAAUAGGCCGCUUUGGCCGUUGAGUGAUAGGGGGUUGGGGGAGUGGAGGGGGAGGACCAGGGAGGAGAUUAGGGGCGCGUUGAGGGCGAAGGUUGUUGCUGGGAAGGGGGGUGUGGGGGAUAUGCCGGCUUAAAAGUGAUUUGAUUGAUUCGAUUGAUACCAUUGAAACGAGAUGGGGAUGGGAUGUGCUGGAGGUGGCGGAGGGGGAUUUGUUUUGAUUUCUGUGGGGAUUAUUCGCAUAAGCGAGGAUUUACACACCAUGCGAGACGGCGUACAAACAUGGGGAUGAUAGUAAUUCAAAAUGCCCUCCUAUCAUACACUGCUGCCUGGCUGGGUAAUAUCUCAGCACAGACUGGUGUGUACAUAGAGAUAGCAGGUUCCUACCAUUUGCAGUUAGAAGCGAGCAAUGACUAGUUCGAGGCCCAAAAAAGUAGCAGUCAAAACAUGUUUCAACUCCUGGCCCGGCGGCGCCGCAUUUCAAUCAAUGCUUUGAAAUUAACAGCAUUACGAAGGAAUUUGUGUCCUAUAUCACGGCAUUUGUGUGCAAAAUCAUGCUUAUAAGCGAAUCGCAAUAGAAUCAAUGGUGAGGCAGAAAGGAACUAUCUCAGGCCAACAGUAAAGAG